GUCAGCCUGAAUUGUGUUCAUUGAGAGAAACUGUAUUCUCUUUAACAGUGCUUAGAGAAAGAGGCAGGAGGGUUUUUCCACAAACUGACAGUCGGUGAGUUCUUGGCUUACCCCCUCCUCCUUUGCACACCUGCAAACUCCUUUUGUCUUGGACUGAAUAUUUAAAUUACAUCUCUUCUUUGAGAGUCCUUCUUGAAAAUCCCAGGAUUACAAGGGAUUUGCGCUGUACUUGACCUGCAGAUCUAACACCAUGAGGACAGCUAUCCUCAUACUUCUUGUAACUGUCUGUUGGGCUAAGCCCUUUCACCAAAGAGGUUUGUUUGAUUUCAUGCUCGAAGAUGACCCAGUCAUUUCUGGUGAUGGUGAAUUUGUUACACCACAGCAACCAACAGGACCUACAUGCCCAUUUCGCUGCCAGUGCCAUCUCCGUGUCGUACAGUGCUCUGACAUAGGACUAGAGCAAGUUCCAAAAGACAUCCCACCUGACACAACUCUGCUUGACUUACAAAACAAUAAGAUCACCGAGAUUAAGGAUGAUGAUUUCAAGAAGCUGAAACACCUUCAUGCUUUAAUUCUCGUGAACAACAAAAUCAAGUCAGUUGGUGCCAAUGCCUUUGCUUCUCUCACAAAAUUGGAAAGACUUUAUCUAUCCAAGAAUUCAUUGAAAGAACUUCCCGUCAAUAUGCCCAAAACACUCCAGGAGCUACGUGUGCAUGAGAACAUGAUAACCAAAGUAAAAAAAUCUGUGUUUGACGGAUUAAAUCACAUGAUUGUUAUAGAACUUGGAACAAACCCAAUAGAAAACUCCGGUAUUGAGAAAGGAGCUUUUCAGGGAAUGAAAAAACUGUCCUACCUCAGGAUUGCAGACACUAACAUAACCAGUGUUCCUAAAGGUCUGCCACCUUCACUUACUGAGCUACAUCUUGAUGGAAACCAAAUCACUAAAGUUGAUGCAGACAGUCUAAGUGGCUUAAACAACCUAGCAAAACUGGGUCUGAGCUUUAACAGCAUUUCCAGUGUUGAAAACGGAUCAGUAGCUAAUGUUCCACAUCUUAGGGAGCUUCACUUGGAUCACAAUAGCCUGACAAAAGUGCCUACUGGACUUGGAGAACACAAAUACAUACAGGUUGUUUACCUUCACAGUAAUAAAAUUGCUGCUGUUUCAACAAACGAUUUUUGUCCCAUCGGCUAUAACACAAAGAAGGCCUCUUAUUCGGGUAUCAGCCUCUUUAGCAACCCUGUACAGUACUGGGAAAUCCAACCGGCUACAUUCAGAUGUGUAUACGAGCGUUCUGCUGUCCAGAUUGGAAACUACAAGUAAACUGUGCUCCUGGCUUUGAAUUUUUGUAUUUCAAAUAAAGUCAUGUGUGUUUGUUUGUUUGUUUCUUUCAAAAAGCCUAAGCAAGAAAUAAAAAUUCAAAUACUGGAAAAAAUGUCCCAAAAUUAAAGAGUAUAUCAAGAACUUUAUCAAGCAAGGACCCCUUAGGGAUUUUGUGCAGGUAACCAAAUCCACUUAGUUUCUUCCAGCAACUUUCAGGUUAUCAAUAGGUUUGGUAUUUAAGAAAUCCCUAAUUAUUUCUGAGUUAUGUCAUGGUGACCCGUGUCUAUUUUGCUUAUGCGUUGCUGUAAAAGAAAAAAAAAAACUUUGUAAAAACGAGAAAGAGAAAAAGGUGGAAAUAGGGCUUUCCAUCUAGCUGGAAUUCGCACAAGUGCGCUGUUCACUCCAAAUUCCAUUCUAAACUACAAUUAAUGGAAUGAUCCAAUGAAAAAUAUAGGUCUAUGCUGCACACAAAUGGGGUAAAGUUCUCACAGAGGUGUUUGUGAAAUGUGGGACUUAAUUUGCAGUAGUUCCUGUGAUAACAUUUGAGUUUUCCCUCCAGCCUUUUACUUCUGAACAAAAACAUUAUCAAAAAACACAUUUCCCCCCUAAAUACACCUUCAAUUAUUUAAGUUUUUAAGUUCAAAAGAUAUUUGCUUUUAAUGGUUUCUUAUAACAGUAGAAAACAAUACUGUAAUUGCUUAAUACCCAAAGAUCUUUACCUACUUAUAUUUAAAAUAAAAAGUUAAAAUAGCAAUUCCUUAACACGUUUUCCUUGUUUGUCAUGAUCCAAGUAUUGCCCUUCUAACAUUUCAACCUUCUACUAUCAUAACGUUGAAUAUUUAAUAUCACUAAGCUUCUACAUUCACCCCUUUGCUUACAAGAUGUUGAAAAAGAAAGCAGUUUGCCCAAAAGGUUAAGCUAAAGCACAUGCCACCUAAUCCCACCUGGGGACCUGCAUUUCUUAGUCACUGGAGAUCUUAUUUUUGAGAAGAAAAUGGACAAAACCUUUUAAAAUAGUAGUCACUGACAGCAAAAAUGUUAGGUCAAGGUGCAAAAGGCAAAGACAGCAGGAAAAGAUUAGGCUUUGCCCAAAACAUAAAUGGAUCAUUCAUGAACUGGGCAGAAUUGCAGUUUAGUGGAUAGGACUAAACACCAUUUCUACCACCUGAAAAAGUCAUGGUUGGCCCGUUGAGGCACUGUCAGGCCAUAAGUCUCCAGGCCCAACCCAGCAGUUUCCUAGGUAUGUAUAUAACCCUACAAAGAUUUUCUUUUAGUGCUCUGAAUACUCUAUACAGUAUGUUGUCCCUGUUUGUAUCUAUUUGGGCAUAAAAUGCUAUUAGACCUCAUUCUAAUUGUAGUGUUGAAGUAGAUAUGCUAGGCAUUUAAAAAUAAACUUUGAAUUGUUAUGCAAACUAUACUAUGUUGUUUAUAGAUUAAAAAUGCUUACCACAGUUAUGGACUUCUAAAUAGUUUGCUUGAAAUCUCCUUGGAUCUGUAAAAGCAGAGCUGGCCAGCUUGCGUAAUAGGAUAUAUACAUGUUUUCUGUUUUUUUGGAAAUGUAUGUUAAUAUUUUGUAAAAUUAUAGUCAAGUAAGGAUAUACAUGUAUAGUCUGAAAAAGUUAUAAGUAUGUGUGCUAAACAAAACUUUGUGGCUAAAAGUCGUUUGCUUUCCAGUAAUGAGUUGAUUGUUAGGUUUACAAGAUUGCACGUCAAGAAACUAAACAGACUUUAUAUGUGGCAAUGUACUUAUACGUAUGCACCCAGACCAAGUAUGAAAGAGACCACAUUAUACCUUUGUGACCUUAACACAACAACAGUUAUAAGUAUUACAUUAUUCAAAAUUAGUCGUAUAGUUUAUUUUGUUUGUGUAAAAUUCUAGUUAGUAACACACUAUAGGAAGCAUAAAAUAGUAACUAAAAAUGCAAUGUAGAAAUUACGGUACAUCUGUGAAUAUAUAUUAGAACAUAUAUUGAAUCUCCAUAUUAUCUGAAUCGCCACAUAAGUUAAUUAAUUAAAGCACCGAUUUUAGUUGUGAGUUCAAAAUAAUAGGUGAGAUGGCAAAUUGAAGAUGAUUGUACAACAAUGACAAAAUCAAUGUCUUGGUACAUUCUGUUGUAUAGUUUUGUAUAAAAUCAUUGCUUAUACAACAUGUUUAAAAUGUCUAAAUAAAUAAAGCUUUAGUUAGUAUGAAGGUUUAUUAUACCUGUAA